CCGCUGCCUGCUCCAGCCGCCCGUACAGAGCGAGCCGGGAGCAUGGGGCAGGUGGCUUGGAAAGGUUUAUUUCUAUCGCUUUUUGAUUAUAAAACAGAGAAAUACGUCAUUGCGAAGAACAAGAAGGUGGGGAUUCUCUAUCGAGUGGUGCAGCUCUCCAUCCUGGCUUACCUGGUGGGGUGGGUGUUUGUUGUCAAGAAAGGCUAUCAGGACACAGACACAUCCCUCCAGAGCUCUGUCAUCACCAAGCUGAAAGGGGUGGCCUUCACCAACACCUCGGAGCUGGGGGAGCGGCUGUGGGAUGUUGCCGACUACGUCAUCCCUCCACAGGGUGAAAACGUUUUCUUUGUCAUGACGAAUCUGAUUGUGACCCCAAACCAGAGGCAAGCCACGUGUCCUGAGAGUGUCAACAUUCCUGAUGCCUGGUGUUACAAGGAUGAGGACUGCCCGAGAGGGGAAGCAGUGGUGGCUGGCAAUGGGGUUAAGACUGGCCGUUGUUUGAAAGACAAGGACAGCAUCAGAGGGACUUGUGAGAUACUGGCCUGGUGCCCAGUGGAGAAAAGAUCCAAGCCCAAGAAACCACUUCUCGCCAGCGCAGAAAACUUCACUGUUUACAUCAAGAACUCGAUCCGCUUCCCCAAGUUUAAGUUCUCCAAGAUGAAUGUGCUGGCAACUGACAAUGAGUCCUACCUGAAGAGCUGCCGCUACAGCACAGAGCAUCCCUACUGCCCCAUCUUCCUCCUGGGGAACAUCGUCCAGUGGGCUGGGAGUGAAUUCCAGGAAAUGGCCUCGGAGGGUGGUGUGAUAGGAAUUCAGAUUGAAUGGAACUGUGAUCUUGAUAAAGCCCCUUCUGAAUGUAAUCCUCACUAUUCUUUUAGCCGGCUGGAUAACAAGUUUGCAGAAAAGUCCAUCUCUUCUGGGUACAACUUCAGGUUUGCCAAGUAUUACCGGGAUGCUGAGGGGGUCGACUACCGGACGCUCAUUAAAGCGUAUGGGAUCCGCUUUGAUGUGAUGGUGAAUGGCAAGGCAGGGAAAUUCAACAUCAUUCCCACCAUUAUCAAUAUCGGUUCGGGACUCGCUCUCAUGGGAGCGGGAGCUUUCUUUUGUGACCUGGUGCUGCUGUAUCUGAUUAAAAAGAGUAACUUCUAUCGAGGCAAAAAGUACGAGGAAGUGAAGUCCAGUUCCAGGAAAUCGUUAUCCAGCCCUGCGCUGAAUGGGAACCAGAGCCCUGAGCAGCUCGGUGGGCUCUAG